CACCAGUGGCUUCUGUGCUUGGGCUAUGCAGCGUCUCCCCAGCUCUGUGUGGCGCCCCCCAUUCCUUCCCCGACUAUAGGAAAGUCCACUCGCCGAUAGGCAAUGGCUUUCGCCAACUUCCGCCGCAUCUUGCGGCUGCCGAACUUUGAGAAAAAGCGCCUGAGGGAGUACGAGCACGUCCGGAGAGACGUGGACCCUAACCAGGUGUGGGAAAUCAUUGGGGAGCUGGGCGAUGGUGCAUUCGGUAAGGUGUAUAAGGCCAAGAACCGGGAAACUGGCAUUUUAGCAGCUGCCAAAGUAAUUGAGACCAAGAAUGAGGAGGAAUUGGAAGACUACAUGGUUGAAAUUGAAAUUUUGGCCACCUGCAACCACCACUUUAUCGUCAAACUGCUUGGCGCCUUUUAUUGGGAGGGGAAACUUUGGAUAAUGAUUGAAUUUUGCCCAGGAGGAGCUGUGGAUGCAGUAAUGCUUGAACUUGACCGUGGACUAAAAGAACCAGAGAUUAAAACCAUCUGUAGACAGAUGCUGGAAGCCUUAGCAUACCUCCACAGUAUGAAGAUCAUCCACAGAGACCUGAAAGCGGGAAAUGUGCUGCUAACGCUAGAUGGCGAUAUCAAACUCGCGGAUUUCGGAGUGUCAGCAAAAAAUGUCAAGACUCUGCAGAGAAGGGAUUCAUUUAUAGGGACACCAUACUGGAUGGCUCCUGAAGUAGUGAUGUGUGAGACAAUGAAGGAUGCUCCUUAUGACUACAAAGCAGAUAUCUGGUCUCUAGGCAUUACUCUCAUAGAAAUGGCUCAGAUUGAGCCUCCUCACCAUGAGCUCAACCCAAUGAGGGUUUUGCUGAAGAUUGCCAAAUCUGAGCCUCCUACCCUUUCUUCUGUUUCCAAGUGGUCUCCGGAGUUCCACAGUUUCCUGAAGACGGCACUAGAUAAGAAUCCUGAAACCAGGCCAAGUGCUGCGCAACUACUGGAGCACCCGUUUGUAAAGAAAGCAUCUGGUAACAAACCUCUGCGGGACCUGGUAGCAGAAGCCAAGGCAGAAGUGCUGGAUGAAAUAGAAGAACAAGGAGAAGCAGAGGAGGAAGAAGACUCAGACAUGCUUAGUCCAAAGACAAAGGGUGUCAGCCAAAGCACACAUGUGGAAAUAGGCAAAGAUAUUGAGAAGGAACAAGUGGGUAAUGGGAUAAAACCCCACUCAGCGACGUCACCACAAAACACAGAUUCCCAAGCAGACAAUUAUUCACAGAGAAGAAACAAUGAAGUUAAGAACUGUCCUGAAAACGGUAGACCUGAUGCUGUGAAUAGAAACCCUGACAUAAUCAUCUUGAACCCCUUGAGUAGCAACCUUGAGCCAAAGAGAAAUUCUACAGCAGAGAGUUACAGAGGUGAGGAGCACAGUUCUGCAUCCAGCCAGAGGCAGAGGAGCGCUCAGUCUGCGGAACUGGUGCCCAAUGGGAGCUUUGAUUCCCCCACACGUUACUUCACCAACUGGUCCAAGAGGGAUUCCGAUUCUGGCAGCAAUUCUGCUUCUGAAAGCAUGGACAUCAGUAUGAAUUUGUCUGCGGACCUGUCCAUUAACAAGGAAACUGGCUUUCUGUCACACAGGGAAAAUCGUUUGCACAAAAAGACCUUGAAGAGAACAAGGAGGUUUGUUGUGGAUGGAGUAGAAGUGAGCAUCACUACCUCAAAGAUCAUCGGUGACGAUGAGAAGAAAGAUGAAGAGAUGCGCUUCUUGAGACGCCAGGAGCUGCGUGAAUUGAGACUACUGCAGAAGGAGGAGCACAGGCACCAAGCUCAGCUGACCUCUAAGCACUCCUUCCAACUCGAACAGAUGUCGCGUCGCUUUGAACAAGAAAUGAAUAGUAAGCGGAAGUUUUAUGACACAGAACUGGAAACGCUUGAGCGGCAUCAGAAACAGCAAAUUGUUUGGAUGGAGCAAGAACAUGCAUUUCGCAGACGAGAUGAGGCCAAGCACAUCAAGACUGAGCAAGAACGAGACCACAUCAAAUUUUUAGAGCAGCUCAAGCUGAGGAAAAAAGAGUUGAAAGCACAAGUGGAAAAACUCCCCCGGCAGCAGCGCAGAGAGACUAUGAAAGUACAAAUGGACGGCUUUGCUCAUAAGAAGCAAACUGAGGAACAGCAAUUCGUAAAUCGGCAGAAGGAGGAUUUGAACCUUGCCAUGAGAGUGAUUGUUCUGGAGAACAGGAAGGAGAUCUAUAACAAGGAGCGGGAAUUCCUAAACAAAAAGCAGCAACUUCUCAGAGACAGGGAAUCGGUUAUCUGGGAGCUGGAGGAGCGACACUUGCAGGAGAGACACCAACUAGUGAAACAGCAGCUGAAGGACCAGUAUUUCCUACAGCGCCAUGAGCUCUUGAGGAAACAUGAAAAGGAGCAAGAACAGAUGCAGAGAUACAACCAGCGAAUGAUGGAACAACUUAGGUUGCGCCAGCAGCAGGAGAAGGUCCGUCUGCCAAAAAACCAAAAAGCAGAGGCAAAGACCCGUAUGACUAUGUUCAAGAAGAGUCUCCAUAUCAGCCCAAGCGGCAGUGCUGCAGAGCAGAGGGACAAGAUUAAGCAGUUUUCAUUGCAAGAGGAAAAAAGACAGAAAGCAGAGAGGUUGCAGCAACAGCAGAAGCAUGAGCACCAGUUAAUGGAGAUGCUUGCAGAGUGUGACUGCAACGUCCGAGAUCUUUUGCAAAUGCAGAAUGAAAAGUGCCACCUGCUGGUAGAACACGAGACACAGAAGCUGAAGUCCUUGGACGAGCACCACAUUCAGUUAAUCAGAGAAUGGCGAGAAAAUAUUAGACCACGAAAAAAGGCUUUUGAGGAUGAAUUAGAACUGAAAAAGGAGGCGCAAGAAAUGUUCUUUCGAUUAAAUGAAGAAGUUGCAGGUGAUCCAUUCCCCUCCAACAAGCCGACCAGGUUCUAUUCCUUCAGCUCUCCCGAGGCCUCCUGAUUUCUGCAGCCAGAACAAAACUGUACAGACUCAGACACUUGGCACACACAACUUUUCCUCAUGCUUUUCCACUCGGGUGCUCAGUGUGAAUUUGAAAUGAUAAGGGUGGACAACAGAAAGGAACAGGGGCUCUUUGAUCUGAAGGCUGGAGAUCUAUACAUGGAAAAAGGAAUCCUAUUGUAGGAACAUGCCUUGCCAUGAGAACAACCCUCUUUACUUUAUUUACUGUACAGGACUAAUCAUCUGUCAAUCAUUUCUUAAAUGUAUUAUUUGGAUCAUGCAGACAAGCAGUUCAGCCCCAGAAUUCUGUGCUCACAUUAUGAUUGUGUACAGAUUAAAAGAAUGCAUUUCUCCCUAAA